CCAGUAGAAAAAUGCUGAGUAUAGGAGGGUCCUUUUCGCCAAAAUGGCGCCGAAAGCGAAGAAGGAAGCUCCUGCCCCUCCCAAAGCUGAAGCUAAAGCGAAGGCUUUGAAGGCAAGGAAGGCAGUGCUGAAAGGCGUCCACAGCCACAAAAAAAAGAAGAUCCGUACAUCACCCACCUUCCGGAGACCCAAGACACUCAGGCUGCGGAGGCUGCCUAAAUAUCCUCGGAGGAGCACCCUCAGGAGAAACAAACUUGACCACUAUGCUAUCAUCAAGUUCCCCCUGACAACCGAGUCUGCCAUGAAGAAGAUAGAGGACAACAACACACUUGUGUUCAUCGUGGAUGUCAAGGCUGACAAGCACCAGGUCACACAGGCUGGGAAGAAGCUCUGUGACAUUGAUGUGGCCAAGGUCAACACUCUAAUCAGGCCUAACGGAGAGAAGAAGGCAUCUGUGCGACCGGCUCCCGAUUACGAUGCUCUGGAUGUUGCCAACAAAAUUGGGUUCAUCUAAAGCAAGUCCAACUGGCUAAUUCUAAAUACACAUUUUUUCCACCAUAAAAAAAAAAAAGAA